AUGACCGACGCUGAGAUUGUCAACCACUACAACCUUCCUUCGGCAUUUCCCGAAGAAUGGCCAGCGGAGCUUGACGAGAACGAUCCAUCAGAAGACGAAGAUGCUCAGAAAUCUCAUCCGAAAGAUCGCAGGUCGCGAUAUUUUGCGCUGGAACGCACGUCGAGCUACCGGGGCCCUUACUUGGGAUCGCAGAAGAGGGCUGAUGGCAGAGAUAAUGCGAUUCCCACGGAUGAGCCUGAUCCUUUGGGGCUAGGAGACAGUGUCAUUCGGGUUCUCAAGAAACGUGGAUUACCGGUGGAUGAUGAUUGCCGGCUGCGCAAUCGAUUUCUGCUUUCGUCGACUUCGUUUUCCCCAGCGCUCUUCCUCUCCCAGACUCAUUCGUCGGCCUCGAUACGGUCGCUUGUCCAGGGUCUCGAGCACCUGUCGCAGUCUAUUGACCAAAAGUCAGCCUCAUUGAAGGUCCUCGUCGAGGCGAAUUUCGAGCGUUUCGUCCGCGCAAAGGCAACGAUUGACAGCGUCUACACCGAAAUGAGGAAUCAGGGAUCGGAACAGGAUUCUUCGUCUAUAGCAGUUGGCGGGCCAUCUUCAGGUCUCAAGAGCCCCUUGUCUGCGGCAGCCGCCAAUCCAGAAAGAAGGAAGAAUGCUCUCACCAAGGAGAGUGAGUACGGUAUGAAAGGCAUUCGUGCUCCUCUGGCGGAAGCUUCUGUUAAGGCGGAGGAACUAUGGGGUCCGGCACUGGGUGGUCGUGAGCGAGAACAGAUGCUGAAGUCUGUUGUCGACACGUUGACCAGGCACAGGGAUAUCUAUGAGUUAGGGGGCAAUCUUUCCAAGUCCAUCAAGGCAAGGGACUACGAUUCCAUUUUCGAGCACUAUACAAAAGCACGGGUUCUCUCAAACAAGGCAAAGAGCAUGGCAGGCUUGGCCGUCAGUGAUCAGCGGCCCUUAGCUGAAGAUGAAACGCAUACUAUUCUAGCCACGGGCAAGAUGUGGAUGGAUGUCGACCAGCAGAUUAAGGUGUUCGAACGUGACCUUUGGAAACGGCUUAGCAAUUCAAUCACUUCACCGCCAAUGAGUAGCGCAGCUUAUCCGGCGGAGGAACACAUAGAGUUGAUCAGCGCCCUUCUGGAACUCGGAGUGGAAGAGAACCCUAUCUGGGUCUGGCUCCGCAGCCGUUAUGACACCCUCAGGGCAAAGAUCACAGCAUUCUGCGAACGUUCCAAAGUCGAGAUCGAAAUUCUACGGCGCAGGCUUGCUACAGGAGAGAAACCAGCUCCACGGACAAUGGCUUUGCUCCUUCGCCAGGCGCCUCGCGAGGGUGCACCGGAUUUGCAAGGAGCAUUGGACACGGAUCAAGUAAUUGAGUUAUGGGAGUGCAUUCAUACCUACCUCAACAGGCUUUUAUCAAUGCAUGGUGGUCUCCUGGGCGAGGUCACGGAUCUGUGGGAAGCAGCGCAAUCUUUCAUUGAAGGUCGCCAACAGAAGUUACUUCCAGUCGGAUUCGAAGGGGAGAGCCGCAAACAUCAUAGGCUGUCUCCCGACAAUGUGAGAGAGCUGUACAGUCGUCACCUGUCUCUUAUUAAUUUGAUUCGUGAGGGCAUACAGUCAUUAUUUGCUGAUCCUCCAAUUGAGGACAUCUCUCUGCUCGCCUCACCGAUAGUACCAGCUACCCCGGCUAGUCCUAUCGGCAGCGGAAUCACCCCCACAGAAUCUCGCUUCAAACUCGAUACGAGCAACCUUCCAGCCCUUCCCCCUAAACCUGGGGAACCUUGGGAAGAUUACGCAUUUUGGCCGCCAUAUUCCAACUGCGUUAGCGGGGUCCACUAUCUCAGUAAAUUCUUGGUCAUUAUCGGUACGGCUGCGAGCGAAAUGGCGGCGUUGGAACCAACUACAAAUGGCAACAGUAUCCAGGAUUUUCUCAAGGCUCUUGUGAGCGUGGCCCGGGAACGUUCAGUUCGUAUAACCUGCGCUAUCUGGAGUAAAGAUGCAGAGAAUUGCAAAUUCUUCGAGGACUGGACGCGGGAUUCGGAGAGAAGGGAUUUAACGAAGAUGCCUAGAUUAUUUGUGGCAUUUGAAAGUGCCAUUCUAGGUGAGAUGCAAAAGAUCCUAUACAUCUCAGAGGCCAUGGCCAAGUCCGACGCGGUGGAGGUUGUCACCCAACCACCAGCGAAGUUAUUGCAAAUGGUGCGCGCACAGUUUGUGUCUAGUGUCUACAAAGCGCUUAGUGGUUUGGUGGAAAAUGCAGAGCAUCCAACGGUCUCUCGGGAAGGGGAUGAAUGGGUUCUUGCAGGACCAUGUACUGCAGCCAAUGCUCCUGAUGCAGCCAUGUCUGUGCUCGCUGCCAAUACUGUCGACGCUGAGAACAGGAACGUCCGCAUGCUUCUUACUCUUUCAAAUCUUCGGGCCCUUCAGGCCGAUCUGGUUCCCCAGCUAGUCGCUAACUUUGAAACGUCAUUCUCUGUGACGCUGACCGAAGAGGCCAAAACACUGAGCGAUGUGCUCAAUCAGAUCGACGAUCGUCUCUUCCAGUCGUACACAGGCCCUACUAUAAGCGCGUUGAACAAGACCAUCUACGAUGGCGUAACUGCUGCAGACUGGGUGCCAACGACUAACCGCCCAGAAAAUGUCCAGCCAUACGUUUAUAAUACUCUAUUGCUCUUGGUACUUGUACAUACAGAGAUUUCCACAACCAUUCCCUCUGCUUCGCCUGGCGACUCUGUCCGAUUGUCACAAUCACCCACAUCUUCAUUGUUGACAAUUGUUCUCACACAUCUGCUUACCCAAGUCUUCUCCUCUCUUUUAAAUGCGUUUCGCGCUCGCCCGAGAUAUUCUCUUGCGGCACUGAUGCAGGCCACCCUCGAUACCGAGUUCAUUGGACAGACAAUGUCACAAUAUUCGUCGGAUGAGGCGUCUGCUCUUCAAAGCAAGAUCUAUGUGGAAUUAGAUCGGCGGACUACGAAUGAGGCGAGGACUAAGUUGCAGGUGGAGCUCGGGGAGAUGAGAGGAGUCCUGAAGAAGUUGAGAGAAAAGACGAAGGGGGAGUUUGCUUGUUUUAAGAAACCCAAGAGAGCGGCAGCUUGA